CAGGUUAAUAUUAAAAUUGGAAGUUUGUAUUUUUUGCUGGACACUGGAAAUUGAAUGUAAUGGCAACAGAAUUUAUGAAGAGUUGCUGCAGAGGGUGUUUCUAUGGUGAAACAGACAAGCACAACGUUUCUUUGGAAAGAGACUUUAAAGCAGCAGUCUCAAAUAGUGAGAAUACUACCAUCUGUACACCUCCCUUGACAUCUGUUUUUGUGAAGCCUCAGGUUGGCUGUACUGAGGAUUAUUUACUUUCCAAAUUACCAUCUGAUGGCAAAGAAGUACCAUUUGUGGUGCCCAGGUUUAAGUUAUCUUAUGUUCAGCCGAGGACACAAGGGACUCCUUCACAUCUGGAAGGACUUGAAGGAUCUGCCAGAGCGUCUUUUGGAGAUAGAAAAGUAGAACUUUCUGGUUCAUCCCAGCAUGGCCCCAGCUAUGACGUGUAUAACCCGUUCUACAUGUAUCGGCACAUAUCCCCAGACCUGGGCCGGCGCUUCCCUCCUCAGGCAGAAGCAACGAGACUGUAUGGAUCAGUUUGUGAUUUAAGAACCAACAAACUUCCCAGUUCUCCUGGGCUAAGCAAAUCUAUGUUUGAUCUUUCAAGUUCAUCUCAGCGAUUCAUCCAGAGACAUGAUUCAUUGUCCAGUGUACCCAGCAGUUCUUCUUCAAGGAAGAAUUCUCAGGGGAGUAACAGGAGCCUGGAUACAAUUACUCUCUCAGGAGAUGAAAGAGAUUUUGGGAGACUGAAUGUGAAAUUGUUUUAUAAUUCUUCAGUAGAACAGAUCUGGAUUACAGUUUUACAGUGUAGAGAUUUAAGUUGGCCCUCUAGUUAUGGAGAUAUUCCUACUAUUUCUGUGAAAGGAAUACUAACAUUACCCAAACCAGUGCAUUUCAAGUCUUCAACCAAGGAAGGGUCCAGUGCUGUUGAAUUUAUGGAAACUUUUGUAUUUGCCAUUAAACUUCAAACUCUGCAAACUGUAAGGCUUGUAUUUAAGAUUCAAACCCAGGCUCCCAGGAAGAAAACCAUUGGAGAAUGUUCACUAUCACUCAGAACGCUUAGCACACAGGAAAUGGAUUACUCUUUGGAUAUAACACCACCGUCAAAAAUUUCUGUUUGUCACGCGGAACUUGAGCUGGGGACUUGUUUUCAAGCAGUGAACAGCAGGAUUCAGUUACACAUUCUUGAGGCACAGUAUCUUCCAAGUUCAUCGACACCUCUGACUCUGAGUUUUUUUGUGAAGGUGGCCAUGUUCAGCUCAGGAGAGCUGAUUUAUAAGAAGAAGACCCGCCUGCUGAAGGCCUCCAGUGGGAGAGUCAAGUGGGGCGAGACCAUGGUUUUCCCACUUACACAGAAUGAACAGGAUGUCGUGUUUCUCGUGAAGCUUUAUAGUCGAAGCUCUGUCAGAAGACGGCACUUCGUGGGCCAGAUUUGGAUAAGUGAAGACAGUAACAACAUUGAAGCAUCAAACCAGUGGAAAGAGACUGUUAGAAAUCCAGAAAAGGUUGUUACCAAGUGGCACAAAUUAGAUCCAUCCUGAAGACUUCUUUAAUUUAGUGAAGAACUUGAAAUUCCUUUAGAAGACUUACAAUUCCAAUUUGCUACUAAUGAGAAGAGACAAAUCAAUACACUUGUCAGUUGAUUUAUGGAGGCCAUAAUUAUAAGAUGUAGUAGAUCUGGUAGAAAACUAAACUUGGUAAAAAAAUAUAAUGAAUUUUAGCAGAUAUCCCAAAUGAAGGAAAUGUUUUAAAACUACCAAACAGACACAGUACAAUAAGAGGGUAGUAUUAUUAGGACAUGUAAGCAAAUAAUACAGCCUAUGAGUAUAUCAUCCAUAGAUAGUUCUUUCUGCAUUUUUUUUUUUUUUUUUUUGCCUUUGUUUUUUAAGCUUUACCUAGAUAUUCAAAACCUGGUAUAGUGAGUCACUGAAUGGUCGGACAUUUAGAAGACUUUACCAUUAUUUUAGUGAUUAGAUCUUUGUUCUACUGUUUACCUCUUGCUACAUAUUUUCUCUCAGUAAAAAUUAAUUCAAUC